GCUGGAGUCGUCGCUGCGCCACAACUCUCCCUGCUACCUGGGAUCUCCGUUGACCACCUAGUCCCUAGGGUGGUGGAGGGAGGGAUGGGCGGGGAGCAUGCGGAGGUAGAGCGGGUGAGGAACGGGGCUGCUGGGAUGGAGAGGGAGCUGCGAAUAGCGGAGGGCAAGGAAGGACUGUGGUACUUUGGUUCGGGGAGGAGGAUUCAUGACUUGCAAGUUUUGUCGCUGUUGGAUGAUGCUUUCUCUUGUGUGGUGGAUCAUAUCGAAAGGGAAGAAACAUCUCCUGGUGAUAGAGCUGAUGUGAUGUAGUUCACGGCACUUUGAUACACUCCAGAAGAGGCUACAUGAUGAUGGUUGCGAUAUGUGCGAUUGGAGGGAGUUAGCGUAAGAUACUACAUGGCAGUCUCAACUGUGACAGGUGAGCCUGAGGAGCUAUGUUGAACGUUGAUUACAAGAAUGUACAUAACGUGAGUGAAAUCAAUAAAGCAAAGGAAACAGCG